GAGAUGUGAUAUCAUAGCUCCCGAGGUCAACUACAUACAUAUCCUCUACAACAUCUCAACAUCCCAUAUAAUGCGCUCGGUGCUUCUCUCCCCCCAAUGCCCCGCACAAUCCUUAUAACAGGCGCCUCCUCCGGCCUGGGCCUCGCCCUACUGACCCACUACGCCACUCAUUCUCCCCAAACCCACAUCAUCGCCAUUGACAUCUCCCCUCUCCCUCAUGCCCAUCUCUCCUCACUCCGUCAUCCGGCCUUCUCAAACAUCUCCUUCUACCUCGCCGACAUCUCCUCCCCCACCGACCUGUACCGCGUCUCCUCCAAUCUCGAGACGCAAGGCACAACAAUCGAUCUCUUGCUCCAUUGCGCCGGUGUGCGCGGGCUCGUCAAGCGGAUCGCCGAGCAGACGCGGGAUGUAGCCGCAAGUGAGACCUGGGAGGUCAUGGAGCGGGAGACAUUUAUGAAGACUAUGGAGGUGAAUACAUGGGGCGCGUUCAACGUUGUCAAGUCUUUCUUGCCGUAUUUGCGAGGGCCAGGGUCGAUAAGGACGACGACCAGUGAGACGCCGAGUGAGACGUCGACUCCGAAAGACACAGAAGGUGGUCGGCCCGGUUCCUCGUGGUCGGGUGGUGCUUUUGCGGCUGGAGCAUCCCGGUCGAGAAGAACUUCCGUCCCAGGAUCAAUCGCAGAACCGCCCGCAGCGCCACACUCGAACCCUACAAUCACGCCGUCCAAACCCAAAGUCAUCCUCAUGUCUUCGCGCAUGGGUUCCAUCUCCGACAACCGUACCGGCGGCGGUUAUGCCUACCGCGCCAGCAAAGCUGCCCUGAACGCCCUGAUCAAGAGCUUCGCCAUCGACGUUCCUGACGCCACCUUUCUGCUGCUGCAUCCGGGGCGAGUGGAGACCGGAUUGGUGGGAUGGAGAGAGGAGGGGGCGAUGACCGUGAGCGAGGCACUUCCGGAUGUGGUGCGGACGAUAGAAGCGGCGGACGAGGGUUGGAGCGGGAGGUUGGUGGACAAAACGGGGAAGGAUAUCCCGUGGUAGAUGUGGAUUAAGCGUAGGAGCGGCGGAGGCUACUGAAGGCUCUUCUUGCUGAAUUCCUGAAAUGGCAGAGGGAUGCUCAUUGGCUUGCUCUCAUGACGCUCGCCGGAGACAGAUCAUCUAGACAAUUUCCAAUUGAAGUCCAGACGCUCCGGUACUUCCGUAUUCGUGUGUUGAGAUUAGGAUUGCGAGCCCUGAUCGGAGCUUCACAUCCUGAAAACCACUCUUUUCGUACUGGGCUGCGUGUUCCUUUUCUGCCCUCUGCGAUGGAGACGUGACGCUGGUGCCAGGUCCGGCAGUCACGUCCCGACUUUAAUUGUCCCAG